AAGCAAUAAAAGUCAUGGAGAUCAGUCACAUAGAUCAUCUAGUUAACUUUUAGGCAAAGAAAAGAAAGGUAUUCAUGCUCUCAGCCAAUAUAACUUAAAUUGAGAAAAUAAGGUUAGAUUUAGAUCAUAUACUAUAUAGAAACGAGUCGUCUACAUCUAAUAACAAAGCUGGUAGCAACUUUUCCUUCUUAUUUCGGAAGAAAAUAGAAAUUGAUUGAGAUGGACAUAGAGGAUGUUAAAAAUCGAAGUUUAGUUACCGAUUUGUUUGUAUCCUCAAGGUUUAGUGGCCAUUAAUGUAAUUGACCACCUAAUUUCCCAAUUGUGUACGACUGUUAUGGCUUUUAGUUUUUCUUCCCCUGCUUUCUCUCUCUCUCUCUACCCAUCUUCCCCGCAAAGGUGCAAGCUCAUAAGUUUUGGGACUGCUGAUUUGUGUAGUUCUGGUGGAAGAAUGCUUGUCACCUACUCCUUUUAGCCUCCUCCCAUACCAAAUCUUUCUCUUCUUCCAUCUUUUAUCUCAGACAGAGGAAAAAGAAAACGAAGCUCAUGGAGAGGCACAAAUGCAAGCUCUGUUUCAGGGUGUUCCCAAAUGGAAGAUGUUUGGGCGGCCACAUGAAAUCCCACCUGGCGAAAAUCCGCCUCCCACCCAAAUCUUCAUCUGCCAUUACUUGCCGCCGCCGCCGUCGACCUGAUGACAACGAAUCGUUUUCUUCUUUUUCCUAUUCCUCUUCAGGGGAAGAAGAAGAUGAGCAGGAAAUCAUCAAGAGCAGAGCGGUGGCGGAAUUGGGGGGCUUUGGCAGUGGUUGCGAUGAAGCUGUUUAUGGGUUGAAGGAGGACCCGAGGAAGAGAUUCCAGGUCGCGGAUCCCGAGUUCUCCUUCGCCGGGUCGUCCUCCGUCGUGCAGGACAGGGAGAGCGAGACCGAGUCAAGGAACCCGACCCGGAGGCGAUCCAAGCGGACCCGGCACUCGGUUGGAGAUCAGAAUAAGGGAUUGGCAGAGAACCCGCGUUGGAUUUUCGAUUCGCCGGCAGCUGGAGCGGAGCAAGAACCAGUGAGUUCGGUCUCCGAUACUUCCCCUGAGGACGACGUAGCGAUGUGCCUGGUGAUGCUGUCGAGGGACGUCAAUUGGAAGCGAAGAUUCAGUUACAACAGGGGCGAAAUUGAAGAAGGGGAAGAGGUUGAGACAGAAAAUGGAGGAGAAAUCAAGAAGUGGGCGGAAAUCGAGGAGGAUGAUCAAGGGAUCAUGGAAAGGAGCAGCAGAAUUCAGGGGAAGAAGUUGAGGUGCGAGAAAUGUAUGGAACAGUUCCGAUCCUCACAGGCAUUAGGAUCCCACCGCCGGAUUUGCUCCGGAGGAAUGGGGAAUGUGGUGGCGGACAGGAUUUUCCACUGCAUGUACUGCUGCAAGGUGUUCGGGUCGGGUCAAGCUCUGGGCGGGCACAAGAGAUCACAUCUCACCGGCGGUGGUUCCUACCCUUCACUCCCUCCACCACCUCCCCCGGCUGCGAAAAUUGACCGGAAGAAGUACAGUUUUUUGGAUCUCAACUUUCCAGCUCCCGCAGAAGAUGACGACUUCAGUGUGGUUUCUGAUGCUUAAGUUUCGCCCAACUCAGAGUAGGGUGGUCGUUUUCAAUACGAUACCAAGUCUCGAAUCAAAGUUUUCGUCUUUAUGUUGGUUGAAUGUUGUUGGCCCACAAGGUUGGAACUAACUCAGGUACUGUACAAUUCGGUGAAGUUGGGUCAAAUUCAUGACUUGUAGCCAUAGAUAGAUAGGGAACCGAAAGCCAUCAAGGCAUGAACCCAUUUGUCAUUUUGCCUCCAUGGAUGAACUUCACAACGUCCUCUUUCGUCUUGUAGAGCACUAGAACCCACUUCUCAUUUCGUCACCACUGUGGAUGAAACUUCAAACUUGGAGACUACCAAGUUGAAACUUUCCUCCGUUGAAUGCAACAGAUGAAAUCAUGGCGUCGCCUUCGGCUACAACCUCAUUGACGAUGUUUGGUUCAUUUGCUGCUACUGUGCUGCUGACUAUAGAUUUGUCCGACUUGGAUUGGGUUUCUUCUGGCUUUUUUGUAGCAAACUUCAUUGAAUGCUCAAGCUCGCAAAUGGGCUUUUUGCUUCAAACAGAUACUUCCACCACAGAGCCUUUGAUGUCUGAAUUCCUUUCCUAUGCCUUUUUACUUUGUUUUUGUUAUAGGGAUGAUUCUCGAUUUGAUUCGUCCUGGUUCAUGCUGUGUCAGCUGAACAAGUUUCGGGAAGUGACAGGGGAAUUAAUAUCUUUGUUUGCGUUCGUGCCAAUGUUAGUUGUUGGUGGGUUUUAUCUUUCCUGGUACAAUGGGGGGCAUUGUCAAUAAGCAUCAAGAAAUUGG